CAAACAUGUCUGACUCCAACAAACCGCGAAUUUCAUCUGCCAGAGAAACUAUGGACACCUUAAUGGAGAUGUCUAACUUAUUAAACACUGGGUUGGAUACAGAUACUUUUGCUACCUGUGUGAGAUUAUGUGAAAGUGGAGUGAAUCCAGAAGCUUUAGCUCUAGUUCUAAAAGAAUUGAGGAGAGAAUCUGCAGCUAUCAAGAAUGAUGAAAACACCUCAUGAUGUUGGAAAAUAUUGAUUUGUAUAUAGUGUAAAUAUAGACUGGAUGGGAGAUAUUCUUAAUAAGUGAAAUAUUACAUUAGAUUGUGAUAAAUGACAAUUCCUCAAAGUGGCUUAACAAAAUAUAUAAGAAAUUAUCUCACUGGUUACUGAAAAUGUUGUUACUGAAAUAAUUUUAAAUUUGACUGCUUUUGACAAUUAAUUAGCACAUGAAUUUGCAUCAUGUUCACCAAACACCACCUGAUACUGUGAAUGGAGUCAAAAUUGAUUGAUUGCUAACAAAAAGCUGCAGAUUGUUCAGUGAAGAUAGGAUUAUCUUAAAGCUUGUUAUUUUAAAAGCACCCAUGACAUUUACUGUAAUUGUGUGGAAUUGAAUUUGUAAUCUAUACUGAUUAAGGAAAAUUAAAAAUAAAGUGUUGAAAUUGAAAA